UAAUAGAUGUCAGCACAUUAAUAGGCUAACUUCACUCCAUUGACAACUAAAAUUAUGAACUGUCAGAUUUAAAAAUAACGUCAUACAGAUUGAGGUUAAGCAAAAAAUCGCAUCAAAUUAUCAAAAAGAUUAGCUUCAAUCACCUUUAAAGCGUAUAAAUAAUAUCAAUUUUAUAGUGAUCGAACCUCGAUAGUUGAAUCAAUCACAUUUUUGUUAAAAUAAUGACGAAAAUCGAUUUUUUUUUACUUUUAAUCAUAUCCUUUGUUAGUGGGCAAGUUGUUCAUAAAAAUGAAUUGGUUUCAGUCGUGGUUAUUUUUAGACAUGGUGCAAGAACAAUUUUAAAACCAUAUCCGACAGAUCCGUAUAAAAAUGAAUCGUUAUGGCCUGUAGGAUUUGGGCAAUUAACUAACGAAGGUAAAAUGCAACAUUACAAACUCGGCCAAUAUUUUCGUAAACGUUACAGUGAUUUUCUCCCAAAAAAAUACUCCGAGAAACAAAUUUACGUGCGAUCCACCGAUGUUGAUCGUGCUUUAAUGUCGGCGGCGUCUCAUUUAGCGGGUCUGUUCCCUCCGGAAGGAGAUCAAGUUUGGGAUAAAGAUAUUCCGUGGCAACCAAUUCCGAUUCAUACCGAGCCGCAACUUGAAGAUGCUCUUUUAGCUUCGAAAAAGCCUUGUGUUAAAUAUGAUGUUUUAUUUAAUGAUUUGAUGAACUCGGAGGAGAUGCAAAAAUUGAACAGGGAUAAUAAGGAGUUGUACGAUUAUUUAAGUAGAUAUACAGGUGAAAAUAUUGAGAAUUUGCACCAAAUGCAUUCUUUGUAUACUAAUUUAUUUAUUGAGGAUUUAAUGAAUUUUACGUUACCUGAAUGGACGAAACAAGUUUUUCCCAACAAAAUGAAACCGCUUUAUGAUUUUACUUUUGCACUACCUUGUUAUAAGAGGGAAUUAGCCCGAUUUAAAACAGGACCUUUUUUUUAUGAUUUAUUAAAUCAUUUUAGUGAGGUUAUAAAUGGGAGGAAUAUAAUCAAGUUGAAAAUUUUUUCAGCGCAUGAUACGACGCUAGCUAAUUUAUUAGAAUCAUUAGGAAUCUUUGAGUAUCAUUCACCACCAUUUGGGAGCUCCCUAAUUUUUGAAUUGUACCAAAACAUAUCUCCCGAUUUAAAUUUAAACCAUCAUGUAAAAAUUUAUUAUAAAAACACAACUUCCGAACCUAACAAAAUGGUGUUAAAAGGAUGUGAUUUUGAGUGCGAUUUAGAAAUUUUCCAAAAAAUAUUGCAACCUUUAUCGGUGUCUUUGCAGCAAUGGCAACGGGAGUGUGAAAUAAAAUUUUUGACAGUUACUGAAAGUGGUAAAAAAGUUGUAGUUAUCGCGAGUUUAUUAAUUUUUGUGAUUAUUUUAGUUGCGGUUUUAACUAAAUUAAUUUGUGGUAGGUGUAGAAGAAAUCGGGCGGAUUAUUUAAGGUUUAUUUAAGUAAAAAUAAUGUUGACAGAUUGCAUAACCUCAAAAAAAAAUUAUCUAAAACUCUGAUACUUUGGUUUUAUAAGUUUUUGGGUUGAUCUGAUGUUUAUUUUAUAAGAUGGUUUUCAGUUAGAUUGAGCUUUUAUGGAGUUUUGACACGUAUUCGAAGAAAUUUCUUGUUUUAAACCAUGAUAAGUAAAACUUAGGUUAGGUCACUAACUGUCAAAAUGUAAUAAAUGUCAAAUUAACAUC